AUGGACCGACUUGAUGAAUUACGCUACAAGUCAGAAGAAAUGGAACUGGACGAAGAAUUGUAUUCGUAUCAGUUUGAUACGGAAGAACUGCCUGUGUAUCAAGACAGUGGUGAACUUUUGGUUGCUUUGAGACAAAAAGAGGAAGAAGUUAUUUUAGCAGCAGAACUUGGGAAAGCGCUGCUUUUGGAAAACAGUCAGUUAAAGGAGGAGAAUACCAAACUUCAAGAGCAGUUCACAGACAGACUUGAGGAGCUGGAGCAGGGCAGACAUGAACUGCGGGUAAAGCUGGAUAGAUCUCGAGCGGAAUGGGAGAGCCAGGUGUCCGAGCUGGAGAGAGACGUGAGGGAGCUAAACGGCCAGGUGGAGAGGUUGACACAGGCGCUAAGCGAUGCCGAAAGGGAGAAGAGUCAGGCCCAGCAGGAGCACAGCGACAAGUGCCAGCAACUCCAAGACCAGCUGCACACGGCCAUGGAGGUAGAGCGAGUGGUGAGUGCAGAACUUCAGAACCUGAAGCAGGAGAUGCGACAGAGGGGUCACCCCAGACCCCAGGACGAGGAGCUGAUUCAGGCACUGAGAGAACAGGUCGCAUGUCUCAUGCAGAGGGAGAAGGUUCUGGAACAGCGCAUUGAAACGGUGUGCCAGGAGAACGCAGAGCUUCAGGACACUGUGGCCUCACUACACACACAGCUGACCCUGCAGGAGCAGCAAACCCAGUCACAGAUUCAGCAGCUGAAAGAGGCUCGGCAAGAAGUGAAGGCUGCCCAGGGGAGGACACGGGAACUGCAGUCAAAGGUGGAGGAGCUGCAGGAGGAGAUGUCCCUACAGGAGAGGAGUCAUAGUGAUGCCUCCCUCCUGUCUGAACUGGAGCAGAGCCUGGAGGACACCAUGGGCUGGAGCCAGGACAAGGAACAGAUUACACAGGAAGUCCUCUCAAUCCUUGACCUGCUGCUUCCCCUGACCCAGAACGCAACGGAGUUUUCAAAUCAGAGCAACGACUUACGAGGCAUGCUGACCCAGCUGAAGAACGUGGCUAAAGGAUUAGCCAACGGCCGUACACUACAGGAGCUGAAGUCCCCCAUUGUUGGUUCAAAGAGUGAUUCAUGUGAGAAUGUGGUCAGGAUACAGGAGCUACAGUCUCAGAUUACUCAACUUAUGGAGGAAAACGCCCAGCUCAGUGCUCAGUGCAAGAGAGAUGGAGAGACUGUUCAACAGGCUAUUAAGGACAGAGAUGAAGCCAUUGCUAAGAAGACAGCUGUGGAGGCAGAGCUGGUGAGGAGUAAGAAUGACAUGAUGAAUCUGAAUAACCAGCUGCUAGAGGCCAUCCAGAAAAAACUAGAGUUAUCUCAAGAACUGGAAGCUUGGCAGGACGACAUCCAGAUCAUCAUCAACCAGCAGUUGAGGACCCAGCACCAGACAGAGCUGCAGCAUGCCCAAAAAAGGGCAGGGGGCAACCGGCUGUCGUUCCUCCGCCGUCCCAGGCGGAUGUCGUCCAUCUCCUCCGGCACCCCAGAGCCAGGCCCAGAGCAAAGUCAAUUUCCAUGGAAAGACUGGCUCAAACGGAGCAAGUAAAAACAUCCAUCAUCCACGCAGGAGUGACACAGAUAAACGCUAGAAUCGCUCUCCUGUAGGCAGUCAAACACAGACCUACGGUGCGAUGCUUCUCACCUCGCCUUCCUCUUCCCAAAUGGAACGGAUCUGGAAUUUCAAGGCUACCGAAAGACUGGAGUUUUUCCUGACCAGGUCACUCCUCCUGCUGCUGUUUCAAUGAUGAGUCACCCACCUAAACCAGGUUGUGGUCGGACUGAACAAAAAGACAG